AAGGGUGAAAGAAAAAAAAAGCCGCAAUGUGCAUGUGCAAGUGAAAAAUAAGGUUAUGUUUGUAAGCUUGACUUUUUAUCUAGUUGUUUUUAUGAAUUUGAAAUUCUAGAGGUGUACAGUAACUUAAAUUUCUAUACUUUCUUCAAAAACGUUGAGUAAAAAUGGGUGACAAUGUACAUGGAGCAUUUCUUUCACAAAAGAUAAAUAAAGUGAGAUGGAAACCAGAGUUUGGUGUCGAUGCCGAAACAUUCGUUACUGGUAGUUGGGAUAACGAGGAAAAUCAACUGACCUUAUGGUUUUAUCCUCCGUUAUCCGAAAUUCAGGAGGAAGAAUACCUCGAUGCGUAUCCUCAGGUUGUUUAUGAGCAGCAGUUUGAAGGAGAUGUAACAGAGUUGAAGUUUGUGGCGAACAAUAAAUUUCUUGUAUCAUCGUCUUUUGGGAGAGUCCAGCUUUUUGACAUAUUGGAUAGAACACAAGCCGCCAAAGCCAAGUUGAGAGAAGUGAUCACAUGGGAUAAUUGUCAUUACUUUAAAACUGGAGAGCGCAGCUCUUGCACUGGUAUUGCUACUUUCGAAGAAGAUGUCGCUACAAUCGGUGAAGAUGGUAGAAUCAAUUUAUUGUCACUACACAGCGAGAGACUUGUUAGAGUUAUUGAUGAAGCUGAUACAUCAUCGCUUAGAUGCACUUGCUUCUUGAAGCAUAACGAACUUCUAACCGGCAAUCUUCGUGGUCACAUGAAGGUUUGGGAUCUGCGAUCGCAUGAAGACAAGCCUGAAUCGACAUUCAUGCUGUCUGGUGACCAGAUUGGUGCGACAUGCGUGACCCACCACCCAACCCAGCGACAUCUGGUGUUAGCUGGUGGCGAAGAUGGAGCCUUGACAGUGUGGGAUUUGAGACACAACACAUUCCCGGUCACAGUUCUAACGGCGCAUUCCCAAUCAGUGAGUGAACUGCAGUUCCAUCCAGAUCGGCCGGAGCAUCUGUUCACGUGCUCGACCAAUGGCGAGAUCUGGCACUGGAACACGAGCGCGGUCGCCCGCAGUUCGGCUCUGGGGUCGGCCUCUGACAUGUCGGUGCUGGCCGGCAUAGAGGACAAUCCCUGGCUCAACCCAGACGUCGCCAAGAACCGCAUGGAAGUGUUCGCUCUGAUGCCAGCCAUCAGUCAACCAAUCAACAGCUUCGACCUCAACCGAACACGUCUUGUUUGUGGCUGUGACAACGAGGCUGUUUACGUUAUUAAAAAUCUUAUUCUAUGAAAAGCGUUCACUUAGAAACUUUAAGUUGUCUUUUGGUUAAACUGGCAUUUGAAAAUGUUUACUAUCAACCACAUCAGCCUGUAUUUAUUACCUGUAAUAAUUUUGAUCAGUUUUCUUACUGAACCGUAUUUGUUAAAAUAUACUUGAAUCGUUUUGGAUAGUA